AUAUAAAUAAUGGUUUUGAUUACCUUUUUCAAACUACUAUUUUCUAAACAGAACUAAUUUCCUUGACGGCUAGACUCAAAUUAGGGUUCUAAUAAUUCCUUUUGAAAUUUCAUUUCUUCUUCUAAAAACUUUAUCAACCGAUUGGAUUAUUAUCUCAAAUUCUAAAAAAUCUGUUGCAAACUUUACCGCAUCCAAAAACCUUAAAUUUUGAUUUUGUGUUUUCAGUCAAUGAAGACUUUCCGUGUGUUUUGUGCAGACCCAGAUGCCACAGAAUCAUCAUCAAGCGAUGAAGACGAGAAAAUAGGUGAAAAAUCCUCGAAAAAGAAGUGUUUUUCACGGGAGAUUACCAUCGGUAGCGGCCGAAAUGACCCGGAAAAAUCCAUGGAUCGGGCUUCUCCCACGGAGGAAAAACCGGGGAAAGUGGUGAAGUACCGAGGAGUUCGAAUGAGACCUUCGGGAAAGUAUGCUGCUGAGAUUCGAGACCCGUUUCGAAAGGUGAAAAUUUGGAUAGGUACUUUUAAUACUGCUAAAGAAGCUUAUGAUGCUUAUUGCUUGAAGAAACAGGAAUUUGAUGCUUUACUUAUGAUUAAGAAUUCUGAAAUAGAAGGGGAAAUUGGGGAAAAACAAGGGAAAAUUACUGAUGAAGAAAUUGGUGAAAAUAAAGGGAAAAUUGAUGAAAAAGGAAUAGAAAUUGACGAUAAAGAAGGGGAAAUUGAUGAAAAUGAAGGGGAAAUUGGUGAAAAAGAAAAGAAAGCUAGUGCUAGAAUUCGGUUGGAAGCUUUUGAUACUGAUGAAAAGGAUAUUAGGGUUUAUAAGCAGGAAGAAGAUAAAUUUGAUGAGAGGUUUAAGGGUAAGGAGAACAAAGGAAAGAUUCAUGGGUUUGAAGGUUCUGAGAAAACAAAGGGACGUUCAAUUGUUAGGAAUUUGGAAGGCAGAUGGGAAGCUAAAGUUCAGAACCCGAAAACGAAGACGUAUGUUUCUUUGGGUACAUUUAGAACUCGAAAACAGGCUCAGACUGCUGUUAGGGAGGAGAAGAUGGUUCAGUUUCGGACUAAGUUUGAAGGUGGUAGUCGAUCUAAUAGACAUUGUUGUGGGUGUAAAAACAGUGAUGAUCCUCGAGGUGUUGGUUGUAAGGAGAUUGUUAUCGGGCUGGCUGCUCCUCAGUUGUUGAAUGAUGGCGAUGCUGCGACAAAUUCGGAGUUGCCUGCUGGUGUAAGACUGGCGAAAUCUGGUACUUUUGGUGCUUGGAUCACUUGUCCUGUGUCGGGGAUUGAACGCUUUUUGCAUACGUAUAAAACCCCCGAAAAGGCGAUGAAUGCUGUUAACCGGGGCAAGUUUAAGGAGCAUUUUAAGUCUAGGACUACGAAAAGGUUCAGGCCUGUUGAGGAUGUAAUUCGUACGUCGAAGAAGACUAAAUGUGAUGUUAUUCAUGGCUCUCCAACAUCAGUUUUAGAUGCUGAAAAUGAGAACAUUGCAAUUGCUUCUUCUUCCAUUGACAAUCAAUUUGAGACUCAGACAAGGGUUGUCCUCCCUUUCACUUUCGAUGAAGGCGUGAAGUUGGGAAUAAUGAACGAAUACGGACAACUUCUUGGGGAGUAUAGCAAGUGUGACGAACCAAUGUAUUUAAGUACCUGCGAUGAAGACGAUGCUGCCAUAGAUUAGGCGACCUUGACGUCUUAAGUGUAGGCUGCCACAGAUGACUGAUGGCGAUCUGCCAAUCUUGACGUCCUAAAUGUAGCCUGCCACGGACUACUAAUGGCGAUCUUGACGUCUUAAACGUAGGCUGCCACAGACAGACUGAUGGCGAUCUUGGCGUCUUAAAUGUAGGCUGCCUGCUGCCGCAGACGACUGAUGGCGAUCUUGGCGUCUUAGAUGUAGGCUGCCAUAGACGACUGAUGGCGAUCUUGUCGUCUUAGGCAUUUAGCUCAUGUAUGAUUAACCUAUUUCCUGUGUUUUUUGUUCAGGGAAGAAUAAGGUUUGGAGCCUCCAACUAGGGAAAAGAAUGCAAGGUGACACUGAUCAGUGAUCACUUUGCAGGCUCAGGUGUUAACUCAUUUGUGUUGAGGAGUCGACACAUAUGUUUGCUUGGCUAUUUUUGUACAUAUUUGAUAUUGAUAUGAUACCUUGGUUCAUCCUGUUUUAGUGCAUCCCAACUCUAAAGUUAUUAAAGUAAUAAAUAUUUUUACUUGGUAUAAUCAUUAGUCAAUAUUUAUUAUUACACGCUAAAAUAGCAUGGAUUAAAUCUAUACAGAACUUUUACUAUUUAGUUUGACUUUAAUGAAGGAUUUGCUUUCUUAAUUGGAAUUGAUGAAAGAAGUUUUAAUGUAAUUUGUUGGGAGUUUGUUUUUGU